CGCUAUUUGACGUCACCGUGGGAGUGUCGGCCAUCGGGAGAAAUGAACGGUCAUCAACACAGCCGUCUCAGCGCCCAUCAUGUCAUUUUUCUAAAUUUCCACGGAAGCUGUGGGUUAAAGUUCAAGAGCUAUUUUAUUUGGAAAAGUCACCCGGAGGAAGCCUGGCCGGAAAUCGGCUUGGAUUGCUAAGCAUUUUAUUCCCCCUGUGUUCAUAAAAGCACAGAUCUGCUGCAAAUGACCACAUGUGAAGCUCACUUGCACAGGACGGUGCAGCCGGUGUGACAUCGGAGCGCUGCGUCCGCAGAGUGACAGCUUGUCGUGAGUUGUGAGUCAGAAGAGAAGAGGCUGGGCUGAUGACAAGCAUGACAUUGAGCCGAGCCACAGAUGCAUGCCCACUCUAAAGCACCAGCUGAGCGGCGUCCCCUCUGCUUCCCGGCUUGCACCCGGCCUCUCAGAGGGGGGUGUGGACGGGCCGUAGCUAGUCCCCUGCAGCCCCUGCAUAGCGCCUCGCUGUGAAACUGGAGGGGUCUGAUGGAUCAGGGUAGUAGUGAGCAGAGUCCAGAGGAGCCGGACGCAGGAGGCCGAGCGGAGCCGGAGGCCGGCAGGAGGGCGUCGGAGUCAGAGCACGGCUUGUCCAAAAUCACCCAUAAUGCCCUGGAGAACAUGGGAGCGUUGGGGCAUGGCCUGAAGCAGCUCUUCCAGCCUCAGCGCCGACGCUCCUCCGUUUCCCCACAUGACUCCGCCUCAGCCUGCGCGAGCGCCCCUCCCUCCGAGCCCGUCGACCUAGGGUCAGAAGUAGGGGACGUUCCGGGCUCCUUGGCCCUCUCCGUGGAUUCUGACAAUCCUGCCGCUUCCGCCCCUCCCGCAGCUCUGAGCCGGGUUCUGCAGCAGAUCCGAGGUCCGCCCAUCAUGAAACGAGGCACCAGCCUGCAGAGCCGCCGCAGCAAAGCGGGGAGCUCUGGGGAGGCCCCUCAGAAAGGAAGCCCGCAGAUCCAUCGGCGGAGCACCCAUGAGGCCCUGCUGCAGGCAGGGCGCCCACGCUCCUCCUCGACCACGGACACGCCCAGCAGUCCCGCGCUGGCGGACGUGCUGCUGACCUCUGGGUACCACUCCACCGAAGAACCCGACAAGUUGGAUCGGUACGAUGGAUCAGGCCUUGCAGUGUCACCCAACGCCCUGCCUUACGGCGCCGAGGGGUACGACGUGGUUGACAGCACCCCGGACCCCCAGCGCACCAAGCAGGCCAUUGCCCAGCUGCAGCAGAAGAUCCUGAAGCUCACAGAACAAAUCAAGAUCGAACAAACGGCUCGCGACGACAACGUGGCCGAGUACCUGAAACUGGCCAACAACGCAGACAAACAGCAGAGUGCGCGCAUCAAGCAGGUGUUUGAGAAGAAGAACCAAAAGUCUGCUCAGACCAUCCAGCAGCUGCAGAGGAAGCUGGAGCACUACCACCGGAAACUCAGAGAGGUGGAGCACAACGGCAUCCCUCGGCAGCCCAAAGACGUUUUCCGAGACAUGCACCAGGGUCUGAAAGGUGUUGGAGCCAAGGUAACAGGAGGGCUGUCCAGUUUUUCUCAAGCUACUCAUUCUGCAGCUGGAGCUGUGGUGUCCAAGCCCAGAGAAAUCGCUUCGCUCCUCCGGAACAAGUUUGGGAGCGCCGACAACAUCGCCGCUCUGAAAGACUCGCUGGAAGAAACUCCAGGUGAAGAGGGCGCUUACCCGGGGGGGUCACGACCUCUGGGAACCGGACAGUUGCAAUCCAGCCCCAGAUACGGCAGCGAGGACGACUGUUCGAGCGCGACGUCUGGGUCUGCCGGAGCUAACAGCACGCCCGGGGCCCCAGGCGGGCCCCCCAGCUCCAGGGGGAAUACUCUCGAUAAUGCACAAGGCUCGGGGUUUGAUGCUUUACUCCAUGAGAUCCAUGAGCUCCGGGACAACCAGGGUCGACUGGAAGAGUCAUUUGAAAAUUUAAAAUCCCACUAUCAGCGGGAUUACACCGUGAUCAUGGAGGCUCUGCAGGAAGAACGAUACAGGUGUGAACGAUUAGAAGAACAACUCAAUGACUUGACAGAAUUGCACCAGAAUGAAAUCCUGAACCUGAAGCAGGAACUAGCCAGCAUGGAGGAGAAGAUUGCCUACCAGUCUUACGAAAGGGCCCGAGACAUACAGGAGGCGCUGGAGGCUUGUCAGACUCGCAUAUCCAAGAUGGAGCUGCAGCAGCAGCAGCAGCAGGUGGUGGAGGGCCUGGAGAACGCCACGGCACGGACUCUCCUCGGAAAGCUAAUCAACAUCCUCCUGGCCGUCAUGGCCGUCCUUCUGGUGUUCGUGUCCACCGUGGCCAACUGCGUUGUCCCCUUGAUGAAAACCCGCAGCCGCACGCUUUCCACGCUGCUCCUCGUGAUCCUGCUCGCCUUCCUCUGGAGGCACUGGGAGGCUAUUUCAGAGUACCUGCAUCAUUUCCUGCUAAACCCCAGAUGACCUGCUGGGGGGAAACUAAUCAAAGCGAUGAAAGGGCCUGGGGGCUUCAAGAUCAACGGUUAAAGGGAAGACGUACACACUGAAGGUUGUGUCUUAAUCGUCCAGUUGAUCAUAUUUCUCUAAAAGCACUCAGGAGUGUAACAGAGGUUUGUCACUUUACCACUAUGUGAACUUUGUAUCCAGGAGAAUAAAAUCAAAAACGAGGAGAUAAAAAAAAAAAGCCUGGAAGUUGGGCAUCGACUUUAAAUCACAGGUGCAAUGGAGGCACAAGCGCACGCUGUGAGAGUGACGGGGGCGUAUUUGAAGGAGGAGCUGAGAGAACUGCACACUGGAUUUCUCUCUUCUGAGUGAAUUUGUUUACAAGUGGAAAACCUUGCAUUGUUUUUCACAUUAGUUUAUAUCUAGUUUAUUCAAAUGGCAUUGUUUUGAAGUCACUGCUGUUUUUAAUCCAGCUUGCUCAGUUCUCUUUUUAAACAGUUAUGAGUUGAUGUCGUUCUGCGGUUUUAGUGUCCCAAGGUUUUUUGUUUUUAUUUGUUUUGUAAGAAAUUUCUCUUUUCGGUUUUGUGAUUAUGGUUUUUAUUUUUAUUUGUUUCCUCCCCUCUCUCAUCAUCUCUGCACUUCAGCUCGUGUAACCAAGUCCUCCUUCCAGAUCACUUAAGAUCGGGUGCCUACAGAUCUGCAUCAGUGCUCUGAGAUCACAUUUGUUACUGAAUUAAAUAGCCGUGGGUCGUUGAAUUGUUUCCUUCGGACGCGUGGAGUCGAUCACACUGGUUCUGCCACAAACGGGAUGCUACUAUCCAGAGAUGUGACCCUCUCCUCCAACUGGACUACACUUUUCCUGGUGACUCUUUCACUGCAGAAAGAAUAAUCUACAAACUGAAUUAACAUACUUGAAGAGCGGCUACAUUGCUCAAAGACUUAGUGCUUCCGUACUGUUUCUAUUAGUGAUGAUGAAAUAGUAACACAUUUUAGUUGAUAUUUUUUUUUUUUUUUAUUUUAAAUAAAUUGCUGUUUUGAAAGGCUCCUUUUAAGGUCUAACUUGUAUUUGUGUGCAAUUGUCAAAAACUCAGUCGCGCAAUACAUUACCAAAAACAAACAA